UAAAACGAGAAGAAGACGCCGAUCAGGACCACUGUUUUCCUCUGCUGCACGCUGCGCUACAGUUUGGAGACUGAAUUUGGACACAGUUUUUCUAUCGAGAAAUUGCCCGUGGACUCGUAAAUAGGAGCUGUAACUGAGAAGGACAGUUUGGUCGCAGUUUAUACACUAGAAGUCCACAAAACCAAAAAGGAAACAUAUGAGUGGACGUCUCUGGCCUGACUGACAGCGAUCAAAGCCACACACCAGAGGACAUCACGUCUCUAAGGCCCAGUGAGACGUGCUGGAGAAAUUCAGUGUGAGCAGGCUGUUUUCCUACCUUCCACCAACUGUGUGCUGAGAUCUCAAGACCUCCACGACCCUGAGUUGGGGAGACUUCAUCACUGGAGACCAUUGGGAAAACACGAGACGGUGGGGGGAUUUCUACCAUGUGAUGGACAGCAAUGAAUUUGAAUAUUUCUUCAAUGUAAAUUUCAAAGGUCGAAAAAAUAGAGGAUGGAUUUCAGCAAGCUAUGGCAGCUGCGCAUCAUGUAUGCAAUGAGAUCUUCAACUGAUGAAGAUCCAUUCUAUCACUGCAAAAAAAUAGGACUAGAUUUUAAUGCAGCAUCCCAAAGAAAGCAAAAACUAGAUUUACAGUUGUUGACCAAUGGGAUUGUGUAUGAAGUGUAUGACUUUGCUAAUUUGGUAAACAAAAGUAAAAGACAGUUCAUCAUUGAUGUCUUGGAGAACAAUUUUCAUAUUGGACUGGAGAGCGAACAACAGCGAAGUGAUUUUUGUACCAGAACUCUGGCUAAAGUAAAGCAAUUAAUGAAAAGACCAUGGAUAGACAAACAUGAGCUUUUCAGCCUUCCUGACACAUCAUCCAUGGCAGGGCAUAACCACGGCUCUCUGACUCAAAUGUCUAAUCCAAAAUCUUCAGAUAUCUACAACACUGAUUGGAGUCUGGCAACUGCUGAUCAUAAUGAUGCUGCUGAGAGCGUCCCCAGGGAGCUGGACAGACUGUGCGCUGCUGAAGCUGAACAAGGAGAUGAAGGCAUAUCUCUACGUGAAUCAAAAGAAGACAUUUUUCCCCACUCCUACCCGUUCUGUAAAGAAAUUGGUCUUGACCUUGGCUAUGGAUCCAUGCAAACCCUAGACAUGGGUUUGUUGACAAAUGGUGUGAUGCUAGAAAUAGAGCAUUUUGCCAGAAUAUUGUGUGGAUUCAGCAGAGAAAUUAUUUUUGAUGUGUUGGAGCAUAAUUUUGAACUUGAUUUUGCAAGUCUGGAUGCUAGAGAUGAAGCAUUUAGGAACUUGAACCUCCUUCUGGCAACGAAAGCACAAAUUACAAAGAGUAAAGGAGCAAUGCUCGAAAUGAAUUUUUUUUCAUCUCAUGUAAAUCCCUCUAAAAGAAAAAGAGAAGAAACAUUACCCAGUAACACAGAAAACAUUGAAGGUCCUGCACCAAAAUAUCACCGCAAGGAAGUAAUGAAAAGAAGGCAGUCUGACAUAAAGAGUAAGCAGACAGAAAACAUGGACCUGGAGUCAGAUGAUGAUGCAGACUCAGAAAAUAGUCGUUAUCAAGAAAGCAUGCAAAAUAAGAGUGGUUCUCCAAGCCUGAACAUUCCAAGAGAGUCAGAGAUGAGAUCUCUAGAUGUACAGGAGGAGACUUUCCUCAGCCCCACUGACUGCUCAACAGCUCGUUUGGCUUUAAGCCCAGAUCUCAGCCAGGCUUUGGCCACUUGUUCUGAUGGAGGACAAUCUGUAGGUCAAGGCCCAACACAGACUACAACGAAUGUCAAAGACCUUGAUGACAGUGACACCAUGGAACAGAAGGAAACAGGAACAGAACAACUGAUGUGGAAGCUGCGUACUCAUCAUGUGAAUGAAAUCCUCCUCAGGUCAGCAAAGGAUUAUUGUAGAUACCCCAGUUGUAAGAGACUUGGCUUAGACUUCAAUGUUGGAUCUGGGGUUAAACAGAAGCGCAAUGCUCAGUCACUGACAAAUUGUACAUUGCAUCAACUUGCUAAAUUUGCAGUAGCAAUGAAUUCGUCCCAACAAGAAUUAAUCAUGGAGAUUCUCGAGUUCAAUUUUGACUUGAGAUUCAUCAGUGGACAGCAUAGGCAUGCUUUUGCAUGUGAAACUAUGCAUCGAGUAAGACAGCUGACACAAUGUGGAGAUGAGGUCAGAUUGUUAAAAGAAGCUUUUGAACUUCCUGUUGAUAAGUUUAACAAAUUAACAACUAAUCCUGCACAUCACUACAGCUGCGAUAUGAGUGUUAAUCCUGAAAUAAGCAGUGUUUCUACAAUGGAAGUGAAUGCGGUUGCUCCUGUGCCUCCUACAAAUUGUAAUGAACUUUUUCCAGAGCAACAAGUGGACCUUUAUCCGCACUGCAUGGAAAUCGGUCUGAAGCUGCAUGUCAAAAAACACCAAACACACAAGAAACUGGAUUUCCAUGUCUUGACCAAGGGAGCGAUGAUUGAAGUGACAAACUUUGCAAAAAUGUUAUGUGGAACAUUUGAGCAGAUCAUCAUUGAUGUCCUUGAUCACAACUAUGAUCUUGAUUUGCAAAAUGGAGAAAGUGACACUGCCAGAUACAUUCUUGAACAAAUCCCUAGGAUAGUGGAGCAAAAUAAUCGAGUACGCUGUUCAAAAACCUUUAAGCAGCCACACCCUGCGCCAGAGAGACCAGAUGAACACAGUGAGCCCAAGUCAGAUUCAGGUAGCACUGUUCCUUCACAGACAAAAAUCACAGAUCAUUUAGACAGCUGCACUGAGACUCCGCAGAAAUUUAAUGAGCAAGAGAAAACUUUGUGGAAAUUACGCACCAGCCGUUCUCAGGAAAUCCUUUCAGUGCCUCAUCUGGAGGACUGUCCAUUUUACUCUUUUUCCAGGUGCAAGAAAAUCGGCAUAGAUUUCAAUGUCGGAUCUGGCCUGAGACAAAAUCUUGACCCAAAAUUACUGACAAAUGGUGUAAUGGUGGAAAUUGCCAAUUUUGCAACAGCAGUGCAAAAAUCCCAAAGGCAUUUCAUCCGAGAGAUACUGGAGUACAAUUUUGAUCUUGGUUUAAAAAGUGACCUUGAACGUCAUGCCUUUGCACAUCAAACUAUGGCAAGACUUCAAUCCAAUUGCAGACCAGAAACAAAAUACUACGGGAAAAAGAUCUACAAGCUCCCUGACCUCAGCCGUAUUGAUUUGUCACACUAUAUAAAAGCUGUGUAUUGCCCAAAAUGUGAUCAAGACAGAGAUCUUAAACUUCAUAGACAGGAUGAAUCUCAAUCUGAUGUCACGCAUCAUCCAAGUCCACAUGCCAAGAUGGAUACAGCACAAAGACGUACCUGGAGUCUGUCCUCAACCCUCCCAAGAACAGAGGGAGCAGGAAUGAACCCUUACCCCCACUGCAAGAAGAUCGGCCUCAGCCUGUGUGUGGAUGAGGACCAGCUGAGGGAGAAAAUGGGGUUGCAUUUAUUGACACAUGGGGUUAUGAGAGAAGUGGCCUCUUUUGCACUGAAAUUGUCUGGAUUCAGAUGGCAGAUUGUUUGUGAUAUCCUUGAACACAAUUUCAGUCUUUGCAUACACAUUAGAGAGAGCAAUCCUUCCUACUUUUUCACAAAAUUUAACCAAAGGCAUCAAGGACUUGCUUGGUUGAGUGAAGUUUUCUCAUUUAGCACAAGCAAAAGAAAACCUUCUGAAAAGUGGAAAAAUGUUUAUUUUAUGCAGAAAUGUCAGGAAUGGAAGAAAACAACAGAAGAUCGGCAGUUGGCUCUGCAACGAAAGAAGGAGAAUUCCUCUUUGAGAAAAGCAGAGAUGGGUAUCAUAGCAACAAAGAAUCAUCAAGACAGUGAAGGAAACUGCUUUCCUCUGUGCAAGAAAAUUGGUCUGGACCUUGAUGUGGAAUCCAAAUCAGCAGCCAAAGCAAAACUGGAUUUGAAGUUAUUGACGAGGGCUGUAGUAUUUGAGAUACAUAAAUACGUGGCUACCAGAGGAGGAGAUUACAUCCAAUCUGUCCUAUAUGACAUCCUUAGCUAUAACUUUGAUCUCAGUUCACAAAAUCACAGGUGCUGGAAAUUUUCCUUAGCCGUCACACAGAAAGUCACUGCCAUGGUGAAGUCUUAUCAAAGAAAUCUGGACAAAGCAGAGGAAGUCUUUGAGUUACCUUUUGUUUUCAGUUCCAGCGACUCAGAGGAUUCCAUCAGAGAUGAAAGUGAAAUAAAUGGGACUGAUGUGCCUACCAUUCAAACUGCACAGCAGGACCAGGGUCUUGGUGAUGUACAUUCUUACAUGUGUCCACUAGAAGACUCUGACCUGGAGUCAGAUAAUGCUGCAGACUCAGAAAAUAGUCGUUAUCAAGAAAGCAUGCAAAAUGAGAGUGGUUCUCCAAGCUUGAACAUACCAAGAGAGUCAGAGAUGAGAUCUCUGGAUGUACAGGAGGAGACUUUCCUCAACCCCACUGACUGCUCAUCAGCUCGUUUGUCUUUAAGCCCAGAUCACAGCCCGGCUUUGGCUACUUGUUCUGAUGGAGGGCAAUCUGAAGGUCAAGGCCAAACACAGACUAUAAUGAAUGUCAAAGACCUUGAUGACAGUGACACCAUGGAACAGAAGGAAACAGGAGCAGAACAACUGAUGUGGAAGCUGCGUACUCAUCUUGUGAAUGAAAUCCUCAGGUCUUCAAAGGAUUAUUGUAGAUUGACUGUAUGCAAGAGACUUGGCUUAGACUUCAAUGUUGGAUCUGGGGUUAAACAGAAGCUUGAUGCUCAGUCACUGACAAAUUGUGUGUUGCUUGAAGUUUGUAAAUUUGCAGUAGCAAUGAAUUCGUCCCAACAAGAAUUCAUCAUGGAGAUUCUCGAGCACAAUUUUGAUUUGAGAUUCAUCAGUGAACAGCAUAGGCAUGCUUUUGCGUGUGAAACUAUGCAUCGAGUAAGACAGCUGACACAAUGUGAAGAUGAGGUCAGAUUCUCAAAAGAAGCUUUUGAACUUCCAGUUGAUAAGCUUAACAAAUUAACAGCUAAUCCUGCACAUCACUACAGCUGCGGUAUGAGUGUUAAUCCUGAAAUAAGCAGUGUUUCUACAAUGGAAGUGAAUGCUGUUGCUCCUGUGCCUUCUACAAAUUGUAAUGAACUUGUUCCAGAGCAACAAGUGGACCUUUAUCCGCACUGCAUGGAAAUUGGUCUGAAGCUGCAUGUCAAAAAACACCAAACACACAAGAAACUGGAUUUCAUUGUCUUGACCAAAGGAGCAAUGAUUGAAGUGACAAACUUUGCAAAAAUGUUAUGUGGAACAUUUGAGCAGAUCAUCAUUGAUGUUCUUGAUCACAACUAUGAUCUUGAUUUGCAAAAUGGAGAAAGUGACACUGCCAGAUACAUUCUUGAACAAAUCCCUAGGAUAGUGGAGCAAAAGAAUCUAGCAAGCUGUUCAACAACCUAUAAGCCGCCACACGCAUUUUACCCUGCACCAAUAAGACCAGAGGAAGACAGUGAGCUCACGUCAGAUUCAGGUAGCACUGUUCAUUCACAGACAAAAAUCACAGAUCAUUUAGACAGCUGCACUGAGACUCCGCAGAAAUUAAAUGAACAAGAGAAAACUUUGUGGACAUUGCGCACCAGGCGCUCUCAGGAAAUCCUUUCAGUGACUCAUCUGGAGGACUGUCCAUUUUACUCUUUUUCCAGGUGCAAGAAAAUCGGCAUAGAUUUCAAUGUCGGAUGUGGCCUGAGACAAAAUCUUGACAGAGAUUUGUUAACAAAUGGUGUGAUGGUUGAAAUUGCCAAAUUUGCAGGAGAGAUUUUAGCAUCCCACCAAUAUUUCAUUACAGAGAUACUGGAGUAUAAUUUUGAUCUUGGUUUGAUGAGUGUCCUUGAGCGCCGUGCAUUUGCACAUCAAACUCUGAUUAAAUUUAAAACGAUGGGCCGAUGCGCAAAACUCUCUCGUAUGAGGAAUAAGGUUUUUGAGUUCCCUGAUUUGAGCAUUAUUGAUUUGUCAGACUAUGUGUUUUGCCCAAAAUGUGAUCAAAACAGAAACCAUCCAAAUCCACAUGCCAAGAUGGACACGGUCUUAAGUGAUGCACAUGAUACAGCAAAAAAACCUGCAGGGACUCUGUCCUCUACCCUCCCAACAACAUUUGGAGAAGGAAUGAACUCUUUCCGACACUGCAAGAAGAUCGGCCUGAGCCUGUGUGUGGAUGAGGAUCAGCCAAGGGAGAAACUUGGGUUGCAUUUAUUGACAUAUGAGGUUAUGAAAGAAGUGGUUUCUUUUGCAAGGCAGAUAUGUGGAACCAGAGUGGAAAUAUUCAAUAGUAUCCUUGAACACAAUUUCAGUCUUGGCAUGUACAGCAGAGAGCUUAAUCCUUCCUGCCAAUUCUUUUUCAGCUUGAAACAUAGUCAUUCAUGGGUUGCUUGGUGCAAUAAAGUUUUUUCCUUUCAGUCAAGAAAAUCUAAUGAUCCUGAUAAGUGGAAAAGUGCCUCUCUCACACCAAAAUGUCAAGAAUUCAAGAAAAUGGCAAUAAAACGGAAGGUAGCGCUGCAACAAAAGAAGGCGAGUUCCUCUUUGACAAAUGAAGAGAUGUGUCCGAAAGGAACAAAUGAACGUGUAGUCAGAGUGGGAGUAUCCACUCCCCUUUGCAACAAAAUUGGUCUGGACCUUGAUGUGAGAUCCAAAUCAGCAGCCAAAGCAAAGUUGGAUUUGAAGUUAUUGACGAGGGCUGUGGUAUGUGAGAUCUAUAAAUAUGCAGCCAAGAGAGUUGGGGAAUACAUGCCAUCUGUACUGUAUGAGAUCUUUGACUAUAACUUUGAUCUCAGCUCACAAAAUCACAGACGCUGGGAAUUUUCCUUGGCCAUUGCAAGUAACAUCAAAACCAUGGUGAGAGGUUAUCAAAAAAAUCCGACGACAGCAGAGAAAGUUUUUACAUUACCUUUUGUUUUCUGCCACCAAGCCUCAGGGAAAUCUGCCAGUAAAACAAAGAAAAAUGAAAAGCUUUCUCUUGAGAAACCAGACAGUGAAUGUGAUAAAGUGGAUAAGGGCACCCAGUCUUCAGCAGACCUCACUAGUUUGAUUUAUGCAGACCCCAUUAAAACCGAGGCUGAGGAAGCCCCUCUAGAUGGAUCAUCUAACAGAGAGAUUAAAGAAGAAAAAUAUGAUCCAUAUUGCACCUUUGAUGGAACAGAAUUCAACAAUGAAGACCAGAAACAUCUGGCCCCAGAUGCACCACCAGGACUAAAUGGAUAUGAUAUUAAAACCAUGUUUCAAGAAACUGAGAGGAAAUUGACCAGUGAUGACCGAGGAGAGUCUGGUUGGCACUAUGGAGAUGCAUCACAGCCAGACAUGAAAGUGGAAAUUAAGCAAGAAGAGGAUCCUAAUAUUUUCAAAUGGAUCAUAUCAGAGGCAGUUGAUGGUUGGUGAACGUUAAAAUCUUGACUUUAUAUGGUACGUGACACACACGAUGAGGCGGUGGCAUUACUAAAACUGAAACUCUCGAGAAAUGCCUUAAAGCUUUCAAACAAGCACAGCAAAAGAUGGAUGUUGCAUUGUCUUUGGGACUUAAAAUAUUUACUAAAAACACAGAGGAGACAACACUGCAUAAUAAGAAAACGCAUUCAAACAGACAAAUCACAAGCAAAUUAAGAAAAAAUCAUCAGUUCCAACCGUGCUCUCUGGGCCACUGUAGAAAAUGUAUUUUUUUAUUCAUUGCCAGGUGUGUAUCAAUAUAUUUGCUGGACUGUCCAUUCUGCAUCGAAGAAAAAACUUUUUAGUGGUAUAAUUUCUAUGAUACAAUAUUGUUUAAUUUUUGACUGACUUUUUUUUCUUUUUUCUCUUUUUUCUCUUGUCGGUCAUUUUUAAGAGAAUAGGAAAUGUGAUGGUUUCUGGAAUUCCAUGAAGCUGUAAUGUAAAUCUUAAUAUGUCAGCGACUGAAAUAUUAGAAUGUUUACACUGAACAGUGUUACCUUGGAUUUCCAUCUCCUGCUAAUGUUUAUUGCGAUCACUUUUUCAGUACAUUUUAUAUAAAUUUUUGGUGAAAACA